GGAAAAAUGUCACAGAAAUGGUUCAAACCGUUGGCAAUAAUUUUAGCCAUGCACUUGCCAAACCAAAUUGAAUUAGAGGCACCGGCGAAUUCAUGCAUUUUACAGCCAAAAUCAUAAACAGAACCGAAUGCUACUUAAAAUUUCAUUACGCGCACUUAAGUGGUGUGAUUUUCGGCACACCCUUUUCAGGGAACCCCUUAUCCUCCAAAAACCCCCGACAACCAGUGUUGCAAAGCUCGUAAAAUCCCCACUAGCUGCAGUAGAUGGCGAAACCGCCGCAGCGGUGACACAUCCACAUCCACAUCCUCGUCCACAUCCACAUCCGCGUCCGCAUCCACAUCCACUGCAAUGCAGUUGGCGAAAUGUCAUCAGCGCCUGGAUUUUAUGGCGACGGCAAAGGAGAAUGUAUCUAAGCUGCAGUCUUGUUUCUGGUCCUGGAUUUCCUGGCGCUGUCCCUGUUUUCUGGCUCCUAAAUUCGGCUAGAGCGUAAAACUUUUAUGGCUGCCGCAGCGCCUUCCUCGUCGUCGUAAAUAAAUUUCUGGCCGUAAUUAAUUUUGCAUGCCAGUCAGCUAGUCGAGCUUCCCGGCGACAGUUAGCUGCUUCUCAAGUCACUUUUUCGGCGAGUUGAGCUCACGAAACGCACAUGGCUGCUGAUUGGGAAUGCCACACGCCAUUAAGGCCGUUUUGAUAUGCCAAAUGUGUCGCUUAAUGAUUUUUAUUCCCCAUUGCUCAUACGCACCGUGUGACGCGGCAGGGCUUAGUAUGCAAAUUGUAUCUUUUUGUGUGUUUGGCCAGUGACGCACACGCCUCAGUCUCAGCCGAAUCUGUCAGAAUGUCAGUCAGUCAGCCAGGCAGCAAAGUUGAGUUUGCAGUGCAGUCAGCUCAUUAGUGAGUCUGUUUGCCAUUGUGGCUCUUGUCUGGCUGCUCUAGCAUUAUUUAUCUGGCAUUUUUAACACUUGCCGUUGACAGUCGCUUUGGCAUAUUCUGCGCUAUUUUCUCCGCUGGCAGCACCAAAAAAAAAAUAAAACCUAAAGUCAGGCUAACAAGUGCAAAUUUGUUUGCUGCAUCGAGCUGAGCACAAAUUUCUCAACCUUGGCUCUCCGUGCUCGCCUUGUUUGCCCCCCGUUAAUUUUUGUUGAUUUUACGCGUUAGCCGCUUGGCCGCCCCACCGUGUGUUUACUGUAGCUACAGCAUUUGUAUCGGGGCCAGGUCGCAGCUGUGUGUGAACGGAGCAAGUUAGUUGACACAAUGAUAGGGCAAACUGUAUCUCUGAGACACUCAGAGGCUGCUCCCUUACAUCUGAGCAAAUUGAACUGCCCGAGGUCGACAGAAAUUGCUGCAUAUUUGGGAAUACUAUGUUAUAAUUGACAGAAUAACAGAACAAACACAAUCCCAGAAAUGGACAGCUCUGCCUACAAUAAUAGUUGGAUUUUCCAGCAUUAAGAUAUGCAUUUUAAACUAUUUCAAGGCAAUUUUAGCAUUGAAUUAUUUAAAAUUUGUAUCUAAAUGAUAAAAGUAACCUCUCAAAGAUCCAUCAAGAAAAUAUUACUAAAUUUCCUAUAAUAUUCACAUUACUUUUGAGACAACUUUAAUCGAUAAAUCCCCAGUUAAAGGUGGUAUUUUGGGACUUUAAGAAAUGGACACUCGACGCAGAUGGAAAAGGUUUGGUCGCCGAACUUACGCAACCUUUGCGAUCUUUUUGGCAAUAGCUUUAGGUCAAUGGAUUAUUGUCUGCUUGGUGGAAAGCGGUCGUAAGAUAUUCCGUGAUUUAGAGAUAGUUUGCUCGGCCACCUUUGCUCUAGCUGGCAUACUUUUCACCAUGUUUGCCUUCAACCAAAAUGUUCGCAGCCACAGGAUUUACAAAUGGAUUGUGGCUUGUCUGACAGUGGAACUGGAAACACUUUCGAUGUUCGUGCUUGUAGCUCGAACUUGGAUUCCAGACAUGUUAGCCUUCUACUUCAUCUGCGUACUUGGAAUAGUCGUAGUCCUGGUCAUUGGCUGUCAUCUAUCGUUCACGAUGGAUUUGACCCAGUUCAUAGCUCCUAUUUUUAUAAUGAGCUUUAUGUUGGUCAUAUUCUCCGCGUAUUUCCUGAUGACACAUAUCUUUUUGCCAGACAUUAAGGACUAUGCCUAUAUGUUCUUCGAGAUUUUACUAACCCUUGUAAUGUUAUCGAGUUUUAAGCUGACCAUGCUGCACGCUCAAACCAUUAGUGGAGAUCGGCAUGUCCAGAUGAGCAUGGAUGACUUCAUCUUGGCCGCUUUGCUGCUGUUUCAUGAAUUUCUAGUAAUAUACGCCCUGACUUUCUACUGGCAAAUCAACUAUAACUACUUCACAUCCUCUGACUUCUUCUGGAUGUCGACAAGUACAAAAGAUACGCAUGGAACAACCGCCAUGAAUCGAGAUUAUGAAGACUAUGAUGAUAAGCCAAAUGAAGAGGAAUGGAAAAUUACCAAUAUGACAAGCUAUGAUUGGGCUGCAGACGAUUGGGAAAUCAGCAGAAAGUGAUUUCAAUCACAAUUUGCAAAACAUUCUCUAAUCAAAAAACUUAAGACUACCAAAAUUUGCAACUAAUCAGGAGAUCACUAUUA